AUGUGUGAUGCCUCCAAUUACGCCGUAGGUGCGGUGCUGGCUCAGCGCGAUGCUGUGGAUUAUGUUUCUAAAUGGGUGAAAACUAUACCUACCCGUAUUGAUGAUACUAACACUGUUGUUUCCUUUGUUGCAAUAGCUUACCAUCCCCAGACCAAUGGACAAGCCGAGGUCUCUAAUAGAGAGAUAAAGUGUAUCCUGGAGAAAGUCGUCAAGCCCCAUAGAAAGGACUGGAGUUCCAGGCUUGCAGAUGUGCUUUGGGCUUAUCGGACAGCAUACAAGACACCAAUCGGAAUGAGUCCCUUCCGCUUAGUCUACGGAAAGGCAUGUCACCUCCUAGUGGAGAUAGAAUACAAAGCCUUCUGGGUAGUGCGGGAAUGCAACAUGGGAUUUGAGAAAAUCGGAUCUAAGAGGAAGUUACAUCUACAGGAGCUAGAAUGCCUUCUACUGGAAGCAUACGAGAACUCCAGGCUAUACAAGGAGAAUGUGAGGGCUGUUCAUGACAAGAAUAUAAAGCACAGAGAGUUCAGAGCUGGUGAGUUAGUUCUCCUUUACAACUCCAGGUUGAGACUCAUGCCAGACAAGCUGAGAUCAAGGUGGGAAGGCCCUUACAGGGUAGAAAAGGCUGAACUAUAUGGCGUCUUCCAUCUGCGCCAUCCCUCAAGCCCCAAAAUUCUCAAGGUUAAUGGCCACCGCUUAAAGCUAUACAAUGGUGAGAAGACGAGGGACAACAAAGAGCUAGAAAUCUUCCUCUUGGAAGACCUACCAACAGUAGAAAACUGA